UUUACUUUCAGUAAGACAUAACAGCCUUACAGUGGACGGCCCAGGUCAACAAAAACAUUGAGAUGGGUCUUUCGCCGCGAACAACAUGGAUUUUACACUUCCUAGGAUUAUUGGGCGGAACUACCAGCUUAUUCACGGCUGACGAUGUCUUCAGAAGCGAUUUUUCUGCCUCGCACCUAGAUGCCUUAUGUUCACAAAGAGCACACGCCACGAGAUUCAUGAGCAAGUACCAUGAUCCCCCGUCCCUUUCGACAAUUGGUCAGAAGAUUACCGGGACGCGCUCUGAAAUCUUUGGCUAUAAGAGCGAUUCCAACCAUUUGACCACAGGAGAUGUGUCCGAGCUACGCAAGAAACUCAACAAGCAAAUUUUAGAUCCCAUGUUGGAUAGCUUCUCCGAGCAACUAGUCCAUAUAAUCAACCUAAGAGCACAAACACAAGUCAGAGAUCUAUUGAUGAAGAUCGAAAAACAUGUCACAACAACCUUAAGUCAGAUUGACCCAGAAACUCCCCGUUCGUCCCGCAUCCAGAACAGUUCUCAAACCUCAAUGCCAAAGCUCUUUGGGUAUUUCCAAGACGUCUACAAGUUAUUAAAAGAUGAUCGGAAUCUGUGGACCUACACGAGUCCCCCUCUACCUUCACGAACCCACGCGCUCAAUUCGAUUGUGUUCCGCCUCAACGAUGUUUUGGUUGCAUACCUUUCCGCAGCAGAAAAGUACAAACUAGUCGGCGAUGAUGUUCUGAAGAAUUACUUGAACGAGGAAAACGAAGGGAUGAUUAUAUUCCAUUGUAUAUGGGGAAAGUUCCCCCCAAAGAAUGAGGAUGUCACUGCGGUUUUUGUCAAUUUCGAUUUGAAACUCAGCCUUGCAAGAAGUCCCUUCGCUGAGGAACUCACCGGUCUUUUAAAACAUUUGACUCCGAUUACUUGGGCGAAGAUAACCCGCUCGUAUAUACUGCUCCAGCUGAGACACGCUGCUGCAACCCGGCUGUCUCCUCUCACAAAUAGAUUCUUCACAGUUACCAAAUCUUUCAAUCAAUUGGAUAGUGCUUCGGAUUUGGUACAACAAUUAACCGAGGAAAUAUCAAGAUUGUCUGCUUUCAACCCGACAGCUUCCAGUCUAAUAAACCUGAAGUUUGCACAUAACAUGUUACAUUUCUUGAUGCAGUACCAUGUCAUAGAUGUUUCCGGUUCAAGCACGUCAGCAUAUAGAAAUCUAUGGAAUCAUCGCCAAAUCCAAGAUGUCGAUCAAGCAAUACUACAAUUUUCCGAUGUACUCAAGUCCAUUUAUUCCAAGUAUGGCGAAGUGUUGCAAAUCCAAGCUCGGCAAUCGAACAGCCGACCCUCGACAGAAGAGAGCCAAAUGAUUUACUUAACAGACAUAAAUAACAGAAAUCAAGUCUCAUCAUUUUCGACUGGGCCACAAUAUGACGAUCAAGAGCUUUUCCACCAUACCUCAUCAGAGCCAUCUGCCAAGCUUCGACAAAAUCGUGCGGGAAUACGCGACAUAGUACAAUCGUGGAGGAUAAGAGAGGAAUUCAAUUCACACCCUCUACUUCACAGAGAGCUCCAAGUAAACGAUGAAUCAGAACCACCAGAGCUCAUCCAAUUCCUCGUACAGAAGAGUGGCGGGAUCUUACAGAAGCUUGAAAACAUCAGAUUAUCCAAUCCGACCAACACACAAGAUAUGCUUCAAUUGAAGACUUACCUUGAAUCCAUUCUGAAAGAUCCAGUCCGAGCUUAAUCAAGCUGUUUACUCAGGAUAAAACUUUGAUAAUUUUUUUUUAUUCAAGCAAGAUUCCCAUAGUG